AAAUAUUAUCAUUUCAUUUCCAUCCGUGUUUAAUUAUUUUCAUAUCAUUGAUUUGUAUCUUGAAACUAAAUAAAACGCCUCUAUCGAAGACUACCUUCUGAUUAGAAUCAAGCAAAAGUAUAUAAAAUGGAAGAAGAAUCGCCGAAACCAGUGUGCCUCAUAAUAUUAGGAAUGGCUGGCGCUGGAAAAACAUCGUUUACAAGGCGUUUGGCUGGCAAAAUUACAAAUGGUUCAAGGCCGUAUUUAGUUAACUUGGACCCGGCGUGUCGAGAGGUUCCUUACCCGGCAAAUAUAGAUGUAAGAGACACAGUAAACUACAAAGAAGUAAUGAAGCAGUAUGGUCUGGGCCCCAAUGGGGGCAUAGUCACAGCACUGAACCUGUUCUCAACCAAGUUCGGGCAGGUUGUUGAUCUCAUUGAGAAGGCGGGCAAAAAGCACAAGUACUGCAUUAUAGAUACACCAGGUCAAAUAGAAGUGUUCACAUGGUCUGCAUCUGGUACAAUAGUGACUGAGACGCUGGCCGCAUCAUGCCCCACAGUAAUUGUAUAUGUAAUGGACACAGUACGCAGUGUGUCACCCGUCACAUUCAUGUCCAAUAUGCUGUACGCCUGCUCCAUACUGUACAAGACUCGACUGCCCUUUAUAGUUGUUAUGAACAAGACAGAUGUAGUGGACAAUAGUUACGCAGUGGAGUGGAUGCGAGACUUCGAGGCGUUUCAGGAAGCUUUAGAUGCUGAUGGUGAUGGAGAGGGGAGCUCUUACGUCGGAAACCUCACUCGCUCCAUGGCGCUCGCGCUUGAUACAUUCUACGCUGAUCUGAGGAGCUGUGGAGUUAGCGCACACACUGGGGAGGGCAUAGAUGAGUUUUUCAAGCUAGUAGAUGACGCAGCUGAAGAGUAUGAAAAAGACUACAAAGCGGAUUGGUUGAGAAUGCGCGCGGAAAAACUAGAAGAACAAAAGAGGAAAGAAGAAGAAUUUAAACAAGGAGAUAAAGGUGACCCGAACACUGUGAUAGACAAAAAGAAGUUAAUAGAGGAAGUGGCGGGCGGCCGCGAAAUCAGCGACAUGUACCUCAGACAUCCCGCCAACGAGAGCUCUAGUGAUGAGGAGGGCACCGAGACACAACCAGAGGAAAUAGACGAUAAGCCAGAAGAUGUGGCCGCAUUCCAGGAGUUUAUCCGAAAACACGUGAAACCUAAUAAUACUGAACACAAAACUUAAUUAAAAGAAAUUAUAUACAUA